GUAGCCCUGGGACAAUUCAGAAGACCGGCUCCCUGUCAUCUACCCUCUAUCUGUCCGUGGACUGUCCACCCAUCCAUCCAGCUAGACCAUCUCCAGCCUGCCCCUCGCUCUCCUGGUCCAGCCAGACUCCCGGCUCCCUCACCUCCGCCCUUCCUCCUUCCCACCAAUGGCGGCCCGAGAGCCUCUGCACGUGAAGACCCCCGUCCGAGACAGCAUGGCCCUGUCCAAAGUGGCCGGCACCAGCGUCUAUCUCAAGAUGGACAGUGCCCAGCCCUCAGGCUCCUUCAAGAUCCGGGGCAUCGGACACCUCUGCCAGACGUGGGCUGAGCAAGGCUGUAAACACUUCGUCUGCUCCUCAGCGGGCAACGCGGGCAUGGCGGCCGCCUAUGCUGCCAGGAAGCUGGGCAUCCCUGCCACCAUCGUCGUGCCCAGCACCACCCCCGCCCUCACCAUCGAGCGGCUCAAGGCCGAGGGCUCCACGGUAAAGGUGGUGGGUGAGAUGCUGGAUGAGGCUGUUGAGCUGGCCAAGGCCCUGGCGAAGAACAACCCAGGCUGGGUCUAUAUCCCGCCCUUUGACGACCCCCUCAUCUGGGAAGGCCACACGUCCAUCGUGAAGGAGCUGAAGGAGACGCUGAGAGCCAAGCCGGGCGCCAUCGCGCUGUCCGUUGGUGGCGGUGGCCUGCUGUGCGGCGUGGUCCAGGGGCUGCAGGAGGUGGGCUGGGGGGAUGUGCCCGUCAUCGCCCUGGAGACCCUGGGAGCCCACAGUUUCCACACCGCCACCUCCGCCGGCAAGCUCGUCUCUCUGCCCCAGCUCACAAGUGUUGCCAAGGCCCUGUGUGUGAAGACUGUGGGGGCUCAGGCCCUGAAGCUGUUUCGGGAACACCCCAUUUUCUCAGAAGUUAUCUCAGACCAGGAGGCUGUGGCUGCCAUUGAGAAGUUUGUGGACGAUGAGAAGAUCCUGGUGGAGCCCGCCUGCGGGGCAGCCCUGGCCGCUGUGUACAGCCACGUGGUUCAGAAGCUGCAAGGGGAGGGGAAGCUCCGCAUGCCCCUGUCCUCCCUCGUGGUCAUUGUCUGCGGCGGCAGCAACAUCAGUCUGGCCCAGCUGCAGGCCCUCAAGAAACAGCUGGGCAUGAAGGACGAGCUGCCCAACUGAGAACGGCCUCCACUUGCAUCCCUCCCCGACCUGGGAGUCCCUUGGAGGUGCUGGAGUUUUAUCCAGUGCCUC